AUGGAUGUUGAACAGUUUCGAAAGGCUGGUUAUCAAGCAGUCGACCGCAUCUGCGAAUAUUAUUACACCCUGCAAAAUAGAUCAGUUAUCCCGAAAGUUGAGCCUGGAUACCUGAAAAAUCAUAUUCCGCCGUGUGCGCCAGAGGCCGGAGAAGAUUUUCAACUCAUUGCGGACGAUUACCAGAAUCUCAUUCUUCCUGGAUUGACGCACUGGCAACACCCAUCGUUCUUUGCAUACUUUCCCUCCGCUUGCACCUUUGAAGGCAUGAUCGGAGACCUCUACUCUUCCAGCGCCUGCAAUCCUGGAUUCAAUUGGUCCAGCAGCCCCGCAUGUACCGAGCUAGAGGUCACCAUGAUGGACUGGGCUGCUCGGCUCCUCGGGUUGUCUCCAGAAUUUCUAAAUUCUUCGACCAUAGGAGGUGGUGUUAUUCAGACCAGCGCCUCCGAUUCUGCCCUCGCAGUUGUUGUGGCUGCCCGCUCACGAUACCAACGCAAUCACCCCGAAGCCAAAUUAGAGGAUCUGGUGAUAUAUACGAGCACGCAAACUCACUCUCUUGGUGCGAAAGCUGGUCUUGUAUUAGGCCUUCAGGUAAGGGCAAUCGACGUCAAGCUUGAGGACGAAUUUUCCCUCCGUGGCGAUACCUUGAAGGCAGCCUUGGAAGAGGACGCGAAAAUGGGAAAGCGGCCUUUUAUCCUCAUCGCGACUGUUGGGACAACCUCAUCUGGAGCGAUUGACAAUCUGCCUGAGAUACAGGAAGUUGCACGAGAGCACCCUAACCUAUGGGUUCACAUUGACGCAGCAUGGGCCGGCGUCGCUCUAUCUUGUCCUGAGAACCGCGGAAAGCUGUACCUUCAAGAAAUGAACGGCUUUGCCGACUCUUUCUGCACCAAUUUCCACAAGUGGGGGUUAGUCAAUUUUGACUGUUCAGCCCUAUGGAUACGGGAUCGUUCGAAUCUCGUGGACGCUCUAGAAGUUACCCCCGUCUUCUUAAGGUCAAAAAAAGAUGAUUCAGGCAUGGCCAUUGACUACAGGAACUGGCAUUUGGGUCUUGGACGUCGUUUCCGCUCAUUGAAGCUGUGGUUUGUUUUGCGAAGUUUUGGCGCUGAGGGGUUCAGAAAACAUAUCCGACGAGCCAUAGAGCUCAACGAUAACUUUGCUGGUCUUAUUUCCGAGUCAAAGAUUUUGUCCCUCGUAACCCCACCGUCCUUUGCACUCUCCGUAUUCAGACUCGUCCCUGCUGGAGUCCAGGGCGUUUUGUCGUUGGCAGCGCUCAACGAGUUAAAUCGCUCGUUGUUUGGACGUCUAUCCGCUAGACAGGAUAUCAUGCUCACACAAACUAACUUGAAUGGCAUCUCCUGCAUUAGAUUCGCCGUCGGGGCCGCUAGAACGGAAGAACUGCAUGUGAGAAACGCGUACGACAUUGUGGCAGAGGAGGCAGAAGGGGUACUUCAGGCCUGGCGUGAAACUACGGCUACCCCAUCGGAUUGAUAGGUCCCGGAACGCUUUUGUGUUAUAUAUCAGGAAAUAUAUUGCGAUAAGCGCCC